AUGACUGUCCAACGCUCCGCUGCCUCUCCUCGCUCUCGCUCGUCGUCUCGAGCUCACACCGGCCAUCCGUCCAUGAGCCGAAGUUUCACUGAUCUGGAGGAUCUACACCGGUUCCCACUAGAGUCGUUACAUUCAUUUUCCUUUGCCCAACAGUCCGAGGAGUUCCUUCACAGUCGCCAAAAUAUUCUCAAAAGAUCCAUGGAUUUCAUGCGCGACCGGAUGGGAUGGGCCGCGACAAAUGCUGGGAUCGCCAACGCACAAGCAAAUGCCAGUGGCGACACGGAGAUCCAAGGUAUGAUGGACCUUUUGGCCCGCGCACAUAUCCUCGAAACUCAGGAGCACCAAAACCAAGGCCGAGGACCCAUCACAGGACCCGCAGACAUCAACGGCGACAACAUCUUUGAAAAGGCGUUCUCAGAUGGCUCUUCGUCUCCAGUCAGCACCCGGGACAUAGCUCAGGAUUCCAUCGCUUCGGGGUCACACUCGUCCGAUAACCCUCACUUGAUGAGCCCGGUGCCCAGCGACCGUAUCUCCAACCAGAAAAAGGUCUCGGCACCUUCGUCUAGGCGCGUAAGCUUAAAACGUACAUACACGGACCUGAGCUCUGUAUCCCUCAAGAGAAAGCUGAUGGAAACUCUAGCGCAACCAUACACAUCUUCCGUGGACCCUUUCACGUCGCUUAACUCCUCGACUGCUGGAUUGGGAUUCCAGAUCCCCGCUCUUCAUGCCCAUAGCAGCAAAUGGACUCCCGCUUCCCAGGCCGUCUUUAGGACCGAAGCCAAGGCACCAUGGACCAUUCUGGCCGCUAAUGAUCUGUCAUGUCUUAUCUUUGGUGUUCUUCAAUCCGAAGUUCGCCGUCUUAGCAUUCUGGAAGUUGUGCAGAAAGAGCAUCGGCAAUGGCUUGAAGCUAAACUUCGAGAUCCCAGCACUGACGCCGCAGCACGCAUGCCCCUUCAACCCGAAAGAGCUAACAUCUCCGCCGUCAAUCCUAAAUUCCGUGGUCUCGGGAAUGGCGUGACUGCACAACUUCUCAGCAAACCAUCCUCACGCGAAAAGUCGCGCAGAGCGCAGACCGAUGACGGAUACGGAUCUAGCACGAGAAACGCCCGAAACAACAAUCAUCCGGCAAACAAAUCACGCGGGGUUUUGCUGUGUGGUGACGUCGUCCCGAUUCAGAAGCGCAAUGGGUCACGAGGGUCCGCUAGCGUCUGGGUCAUGGAGAAACGUGGUGGCCUGAUCUGGGUCUUGGAGGAAAUCACAGAAAAUGUCGCCUCCAUCCAGUGUGACGAUUUAUGGAAUGUUGUGGCUUCCCAAGGUGACUCCGAAAAAAUCUGGGGUCCAUCCGUUGCCCAAAAGGGCCAGCCGAUCACCACACUUCUACCUUGUUUGCCCUCGGUAUCGCUUGAAACAUCCCCCGCCAAGGGAUUGGCCAAAAUUGUGGAGUUGAAGCACUUUGCCGCCCGCACCGCGGCUGGCGUUUGUAUCCCUGUGACCGUCGGCAAGGGAGAAGGAGAUCGCACUCUUCAAGUCUCCAGCUUCCCUCAUGUCGCAGGUAUGAUGGUGUUGUCUUCUUCGACAUUGAAUGUUAUCAGCUCCAACUCUGUUUUCUCUUCGGCUCUGUUUGGACAGGAAAGACCGGAGGGACUCCAUAUCACCGACCUUGUACCCGACUUUGAUGAAAUUCUAGACGUCUUGACCGAGGAGGACAACGUGCCAUUGGUUGAUGGUAUUGUCAUCCCCGAACACAGCUUCCGACGGGCGCGGACACUUUCGAUUCUUCGCGACGGAAAAGCAAACGCUGCCUCUGUCUUUACAGAGCCAAGUGGUCUACUUGCCAAACACCGAGAUGGCUCGACCAUUGUUGUUGACAUUCAGCUGCGUGUCGUCAAGAGCGGCACCUUCUUUGCAAAGGAAAAGGCCGAGAAAACCAGCGAUCGCAGCAGCGACGACUCUGACGGGAGUGACGAUACAGUUGCCGUCACGGAGUUGGUCUAUGCUUUGUGGAUCACCUACUCGCGACAGAUCCACGCUGCUGGACCCGCUGCCAGCCUCUCGCCGACGUCUGUACCAAAUUCCAAGCCCACCUCGCCCACCCAUGACCCUGAUCCCUCAGAUCGCCCCUCUGACGCUAGCACUAACACCCAAACUCCCGAAACUCGCAAGACUUCGGUGGAGAUCCAAACUCCGACUUCCACGCUUAGCCAACAACUCAAUGAGGCUGCCUCUGAGCCUCUUACCGACCGUCCCGUGCAACCAAUCCCUCCGGUUUCCUCUGUUAACACGAAAAAUGACCCUCCGCUGAAACGGACCAUCAACGACUACGUAAUUCUGGAGGAAAUGGGACAGGGAGCCUAUGGACAAGUCAAACUAGCACGUUUAAAGAAAUCGCCCGGCACGAAGAUGGUGUUGAAGUAUGUCACGAAAAAGCGAAUCCUAGUCGAUACAUGGACUCGCGAUCGGCGACUCGGCACUGUGCCGCUGGAAAUCCACGUUCUCGACUUCCUGCGGCGGGAUGGACUCAAGCACCCCAACAUUGUGGAGAUGGAAGGCUUCUUCGAAGACGAUAUCAACUACUACAUUGAGAUGACCCCCCAUGGUCUCCCAGGAAUGGACCUCUUCGAUUAUAUCGAACUCAAGGCCACUAUGGAUGAGGCAGAGUGCCGGAACAUCUUCAAACAGGUUGCCAGUGCCGUCAACCAUCUACAUACGAAAGCACUCGUUGUACAUCGGGACAUCAAGGAUGAAAAUGUGGUCCUUGACGGAGAAGGACGGAUCAAGUUGAUCGAUUUCGGUAGUGCGGCCUACAUCAAGAAUGGGCCCUUUGAUGUCUUUGUGGGCACGAUUGAUUACGCUGCGCCCGAAGUCUUACAAGGACGGUCGUAUCGAGGCAAGGAACAGGACAUCUGGGCUUUGGGUAUCCUCCUCUACACCAUUGUCUACAAAGAGAACCCCUUCUACAACGUGGACGAGAUCCUUGACCACCCCCUUCGAAUCCCCUUCCUUCCUUUCUCGGAAGAUUGCAUUGACCUCAUCCGCACGAUGCUCGACCGCGACGUCGACAACCGACUCACCAUUACCGAAGUGCUUGAACACCCCUGGAUGGUGGAGAAAUGA